AUGCCAUCAAAAGGUCGUUGGACACUUAAUCCAAGAAAAUGGUUUGGCACACUUUCUAGUGCUUCACAUAAGCCGGAUAGAAAAUCUCAGAUAAUGAAUUCUGCAGCACCAAGAAUAUCCACAGUAGCAGCGCCAGUACCAGCAACAACAAUAACAACACGAAAAAUGCCAUCAACAUUAACAACAACUCCACGACUUUUAACAGCCAGAAAUAAAAUAAACGUUAUGCCAACUUCUUCUAUCAAUGAUAAUAGUUGUUCAAAUGCUGUAUCAUCUUGUACACAAUUUCAACUACCAGCAUUUAGUAUGCGACGUGAAAAAUCUUCAACAUUAUUAUCAUCAUCAAAAUUACUUAAUCAUGCAAAUGUAUUGGUACCAAAGCGUACUGAACCAUCAAUUCGUAAAUGUAGUCAAUUAAAUGAAGAACUUUCUAUAGAUGCAACACGAUGGAAUGCUGAACAAAUAGCUAAUGAUAGAUCAAAAUUACUUUCAUCAUCUCAUGGAAAUUUUCUUCAACAAAAUUCAAUAGAUCGGCAACAAUCAGAAAUCAAUAUAUCAAUUUUAUCUAAUGAAUGUAUAGUUGACUAUCCUCAAAGUUUAUCAAAUAAUUUUAUUGAAAAAUUUCGAUCAUCAAUACAAACACGUUCGUCAUCAUCUAUAGAUGAUAAUGAUGUACAUGAUGAAUCAACAUCAAGUGGUAUAUUUACUGAUGAACGUACUGAUACAAAUGAUGGUCAUCGUCCACCAUCAAAAGAUACAUUAUCAAUAUUAGAUGUUCUUUCAGUUGAAUCUAUAGAUGAUUCUCAAACGUCAUUAAAUCAUUGUCAAUCUCAUUCAUUCGUACCAUGUCAUCGUUUACCGAUAUCAACAUUGGAAAUAAAUAAUAAUAAAUCAUCACAAGUACAACGUCAAAAACUCAUUAAUCGUUCUCAUCGUGCAUGUAGUGCAGACGAUAUUCUAAAAGAUAAUCUGAUAAAUACUCCUGUGAUAACUAAAAGUCGUCAAUCAUCAGCAGCUAUUGUUAAAAAAAUCGAAAAACGUAUUCCAACAAGUCGAUCACCAACUGCCACAUUGGAAAAAGCUGGUUUUGUACGAAUUGCGAAUGAUACAUAUCGGUUAACAAUGAAUAAAGAUAAUCAUUUAUAUCGUCGUCAACGUCGAAAUUCUGUUAUACAAUAUUCAAACUAUGAAGACUCACUUCCGCCAGCUAAUAAUGAAGAAUCUUAUGCAACAAUACCACGUACAAGUUCUACCGAACAAUUAAAUGAUAAUGUACACAAUGAUCUUCGUGCUAUUGUUGAUGAUUGUCUACGACCAAUAGCUGCUUCAAUUAAUAAAACGCCUGAUAGAUCAAGAAAAAAUCAUCCUCGCUCAAAACGUUCUCAUACUAAUAAUGAACCUAUACAAAUAAAUAUUGAGGAUAUGAUUGAUAAAUUAUUAUCCAGUGUUGACUGUUCGGCUUAUGCACAAUAUCAACGAUGCUAG